CAGGUCCUGUCAACAAAGCAAGAAGAUUCAAAGAUUGAUUAACUUAUUCGGAACUACAUUUCUGGAACUUUUAAAGGAUAAACUUUUUUUAUACCUCUGGUCUGUUUUUUUCUUAACUGGCCCCAGUACCUCAAUUACAUCGAGUACCAGUUUGGUAGCAUUCUCCGGAACUCGCUUAACUUGAAAGCCAGCUAUAGAGCAACUCUCCGACCUUGGAUGCUAUAUCACAAGCUAGGAUCUCUUUCCCAAGAAAAUGGCGUGUCGACGAAAUCGUGCUCGAUUUAAAGAUUUAUUUUACACAGGGAGUUGGAAAGGCUGACUUCCAAUAAGUUUUUCAAACUCUUGCUGUAUCUUGAGCCUAUCUUCUGCCCAACUGAAAAUUCCCGCAGCUUGGCGUCGUCUGCAAAUUUGAUGAAUUUCCCUUCUACCCCCUCGUCUAAAUCAUUGAUGAAGAUAUUGAAGAGUACUUGGGCCUAAAGUAGCCUUUUCCGCAGCCUUUCCAACCGUCCGGUUGCAGAAGAUGGACGGACGGACAGAUGGACACCCACAGCGACAGCUCGCUUUCUACUUUCACUUUCCCUCUCCGCGCUGGGCAGCCAGAAGCAACGGCGACUGAACGACGAGUUCCUCUUCGGUCUCGCCUCCUUUGCUCUGAAUUCUCCAGGCCGGCGGCAGACGGUGGACAGGGGUACAUCUGACUGAGACCCACAAUGUCACACACUCCCCGCUGCAAACUAGUUGACUAUUUUGAAGAGCUGAGUGAAGAGGAAUUCGAGAAAUUUAAGAUGCACCUUGAGGACUACCCAGUGGAGAAAGGCUACAAGCCCAUCCGUCGCUCCAAGACUGAGAAAGCUGCCCACAUUGAAAUAGCCCGAUACAUGAUUGAGACGUAUGAUGAUGCCAAGGCCCUGAAGAUGACCGUCAGCAUUCUGGACAGAAUAAAUAAAAAGGAUCUGGCUGCAAGAAUCCAAAACGAGAUGCCGGAAUAUUUUCUUCAGUCUCCAGAAUCAGACGAGACAUUUUCUGGAUCUCAAAAUAAAGUGGAGGUGAUGCUGGAUCCCAAGACAGCUUAUCCCACCCUCAUCCUUUCAGAGGACCUGAAAAGUGUAUACAUGGGUGAACGAGCCCAGGACUUUCCUGACAGUCUUGAACGCUUUAAUUUUUUUCCUUGUGUUCUGGGAACAAAAGGCAUUAAUUCUGGGACUUCAGAGUGGGUGGUUGAAGUGGGAAGGGCCAAACAAUGGGCCAUUGGUGCUGUGCGUGAAUCCAUAGAAAGAAAAGGAUAUUUAAAUAUAAUGGCUACUGAAGGGUUUUGGGUUUUGCAGCUGAUGAACGGAGAAUAUGAGGUCAGCACCACACCUAAAACCAUUCUUCCACUGUGGAAGACAGUUCAACGGAUCCUUGUUUGCUUAGAAUUCAACUUAAGUAAGUUAUCUUUUUAUGAUGUGGACUCUAUGGAGAUUAUCUUUACUUUCAACUAUCCAUUUUUUGAGAAAAUGUUCCCCUUCUUCCUGACUUGGGACAAAAAAAAUCCAUUAAAAAUAGUACAAAUUACUUCAUCAAAUAAUCCGAGGAAGAAGUCUGACUGAUUUUCUGCUCAGUCCUUGAAGUAAUUGCCAUUGGAUUCAGGGAAUCUUACUUUUGAUUAAAUACAAUAGAAUAUGUUUGAUUAAAUACAAUAGAAUAGUAUUGUUAAUUUCUGAUUUCUGUUCCGUUUAUUCUCUUCAUAGGAAUCUUUAUGAGAAACUUUAUGUGUGAAAAAAGUAUGAGAAAUAAAGCUUAUAAAACAUUUACCCAUUAUGUAAAAGAAUUCCAUAAACAAUAAUAUAUGUUCUCUCUGAUUUUUUUAAAGACUUUAAAAAGUAAGGAAUGGGAUCAAACAAUCCUGGCCUGCAGACAAGAUAUGGGUAAUUUUUUGGCAUAGGAAGGCAACAGUUUUACACUUACAAAGCACGGUAGCUUGUUUAUUUCUGCAAUCAGGUUACUAGAGAGACUGGCUCAUGUUGUAAAAAAAAUUGGCUUAGCCUGGCACAGAAGCCAAUCAGAGCCAGACACAAGAGACAGACUUUUGCAAAACUUUUAUUGAAGCACUUCAGCAAAAGGGUCCCAGUCCAAUUUGGGAGCUGAGAUCCUGAACAACAGCAUAGCACAAUCUUUUUUGCUGCUGAUUUCCAGAAAUAGGGAAGUAACAUUUCAUAAAGCUAUUACCCUUUUGUGUCAUUCUACCUUGCUUUUAGUCUACCUUUCCAUUUGUCUAUGGAGUUGCACCUCGCCUGAGCUUACCUGUCAUUUUGCCCCUAUAGAGUUAUAUCUUGCUUAAGCUUUACCUGUCCAUCGUUCCUACUUGGGUUUCUGCUGCUCUUCUUGUUACCAAAUCUUGUAAUUUCCUAUCUAUUUCUAAAUACGCGUUGUUACAUUUCCUUUAUCUCUAACAGACACAUUGCACAUUUGCAAUAAAUUUUUAUUCCUUCCUAA